CCCCGGCCCCGCCCCCGCGCCCCGGAUAUGCUGGGACAGCGCGCGCCCCUAGAACGCUUUGCGUCCCGGCUCCCGCAGGUCCUCGCGGUCCGCACCGUUUGCGACUUGGUACUUGGAAAAAUGGACAAGGCUUGUGAAAUGAAAUGCACCAUGCUGGACAGCCCUUUGGGGAAGCUGGAGCUGUCUGGUUGUGAGCAGGGUCUGCACGAAAUAAAGCUCCUGGGCAAGGUGACGUCUGCAGCUGAUGCUAUGGAGGUCCCAGCCCCUACUGCAGUUCUUGGAGGUCCGGAGCCCCUGAUGCAGUGCGCAGCCUGGCUGAAUGCCUAUUUCCACCAGCCCGAGGCUAUUGAAGAGUUCCCCGUGCCUGCUCUUCACCAUCCCGUUUUCCAGCAAGAGUCGUUCACCAGACAGGUGUUAUGGAAGCUGCUGAAGGUUGUGAAAUUCGGAGAAGUGAUUUCUUACCAGCAAUUAGCAGCCCUGGCAGGCAACCCCAAAGCCGCGCGAGCAGUGGGAGGAGCAAUGAGAGGCAAUCCUGUCCCCAUCCUCAUCCCGUGCCACAGAGUGGUCUGCAGCAGCGGAGCCAUGGGCAACUACUCCGGAGGACUGGCCGUGAAGGAAUGGCUUCUGGCCCAUGAAGGCCACCGGGUGGGGAAGCCAGGCUUGGGAGGGAGCUCAGGUCUGGCAGGGGCCUGGCUCAAGGGAGCGGGAGCUACCUCGGGCUCCCCACCUGCUGGCCGAAACUGAGUGUGUGCAGCAGGAUGGAUGUUUGAGCGACACACACGUGUAACACUGCAUUGGAUGCGGGGCGUGGAGCCACCGCUGUAUUAAAGGAAGUGGCGGUGUCCUGGGAAC